AUCGACUCCAUUUCACAUCCAAUAACCCAAGUUCAAGAUUUGUCAGAUGGCAUCAUCCUGUUUGAAGUUGUUUCCGACAUUGACCAAAAAUGGUUCAAGCUUAUUCGCUCGGCUGAUGUGGGUGAUAAUUGGGUGCUUAAAAUCAAUAACUUGAAAAAGCUUUAUAAACUGAUUUCUCGAUAUUACGAAGAGAAUUUGGAUUGGACCUUUUCACGACUACCAGAAGUUAAUUUAACGGCGAUUGCCAAAGAUAGUAAUCCUCGUGAAAUAUUACAACUAUGCAAAUAUAUUCUCAUUAUUGCCGUCUUUAGCGCCAACGCCAGUGAGUACAUCAAUCGCAUCACAAAGCUCAAUAAAAUCAGUCAGCAGCACUUGAUGAAUUUUAUCGAUGAUACCAUGAGAUACAAAGACGCGAAUGGAGCGCUGACCACCGCUUCCAACCCCAGCAUGUACGCUGUGGACGAUCUCUAUCCUCACAAUAAUAGUGCUUAUCGAACGGAACUCGUCAGAAUCACAAAGGAAAAAGAACAAUUAGAAGUCCACAAUAAACAGUUGAUUGAUGACCACUCUGAACUGCUGGCGAAAUAUGACAGAUUGGAGGCUGAAAGACAAGACCUGCAGGCAAGGUUAAGAGAUAUGGAUAAUGCAGUAGCAAGAGCAAAUGAAACGGGCAAAGCAGAUUUUAUUAUGAGAACUGAAAUAGAUCAUUUAAAACAAGACUUACAAAGAAGUGAAGACACACGCCAGGAACAAGAAAGACGUUUAGAAGAUCAAGCGACGCAGAUAAAGGAUUUGACACGGAAAACAGAAGAACUCGCAAAACAUGCAGAUUUAGCUGCCAAAUACAAAGAUCAACAAGUCAAGCAUUUGGAAGAAACCAACCAUAAUUUGAUGGAACAUAACUCUAAAUUGGAAGAAGAAUAUCGUAGUAUUUUGGCAUUCAAAACUUUGAUGGAUUCCUAUAAGAAUCAAGUAGCUGAAUUAGAAACAAAGAACAAUGAGCUGAUAAGAGAAAAGAACAGGCUGGAUUAUCAGUUGGCCCAGUAUACGAAAAAAGUGGAAUCGUUGGAAGCGGAUAAAGCGCGUGAUACAGAUCGUAUUCAAGCAUUAGAAGAAGACUUACAAGAAGCUCAGCUCAGAAUGGUAGGCGUAGAUACUUCUGUAUCUCAAAGAGAAACCAAUGAGGAUGCGGAUGAUAUGGAUAUCGAUAAUUUGAAUGAUUCAUUAGAAGACAAUUUGAAAGAAUCCAAUGUUGCUGAACUUAAAAUGACAAAGAGACGAUUAGAACGUCAAGUAAAGACGUUGCAGGAAGCAGCUAAUGCUGGAGGUAACAGUCAAAAGGUGCUUGUCCUCCAACAUUUGUUAGACGAUGCCAAUCGCCUCAAAACCAAGUUUGAAAAGGAGUACAUUGAAGUAUCUAAAGAACGUGACAUUCUACAAAGCGACAUGGCUCGUAUUCGCGAGGGUAUACCAGAUGCUCUCUUGGACCAAUCCGAAAGCACGCUAUCCUUACGUCUACGUAUCGUCGAUCUUGAAAAGGAAGUCAAAUCACUUACAGAGUCCAUGACAAGAUUGGAGAAAAAGAUUGCUGACGGCCGAUACUUUGCAGAAAAUGACAAAGACAACGACGGCAUCAACGACAUCCGUUCCAAGUACGAUGAGAUGGAAACGAAAUCUCGAUUGUUGGAAGAACAGGCUCGCAAACAACUACACGAUAUCAACAAGUUGUUGCUGGAAAAAGAUUUAUUGCAGGGCCAGAGUAUUGAACAAAAGGACUUGCUUUUGGAAAAGGAAAGAUUGAACAGUGAGAUGAAGGCAACAUUGGCCGCUAUUGAAGCGAAAGAAGAUGAGCCCUUCUUUAAGCAGCAAUAUGCUCAGUUGCAACAACAGCUGAUCAAGGUGAAGGAAGACAUGACUGCUUUACAAGGCAAGCUCAGAAAAGCCCAAGACUUUAUACAAAAGCAAGAUAAAUUGAUGAAAGAAAACGAACGCGAGAAAAGCAGUAGUAAUCAUUAUGCUGAGGCUGUUGAAUCCUUGAAAGAAGAGAUCCACUUACGUGACGAAGAAAACAACAAGUUGAAGAAGCUUCUUCAUGAGACGCGAAGUCAGGCUCGUCGUGAGCAACAAUUGAUGAUAUCUGCUUGGUACGACAUGUCAAGAAAAGUGAACAAGGAUAUGCUAAGCAAUAAUAAUAAUAACAUGGUGAAUGUAAAUAAGCGUCAGCCUACUUCAUGGCUUGGCCAACAAAGAAGGGCGCUGGAUAAUCAAAUAAAGAGACGUUAA